GCAUAGCACCACUCCAUCCAUCACUGCUGCAGAAUGAAAGGCUUGCUACUAUAUGAAACAGUCUCCUCUGCCUAUUGGUGAGAAAAGAUUCCACUGAAGGCUAAUGAUUGGUCAUUCUAGCUGUCUGUCAUGUGGAAGGGCGUGUUCCUACAGGGAUUAACAUGGUCAUAUGGUACAAACAUACCAACCUGGAAGUAGUGUGUUUAUUUAGGUGUGGUUCAGAGAUGAUGGGAGAGCAUCGAGAAGAGACAGACAGAGUGGAGGAGGAGGAAAGUAUAUGCUGGGCGGCAGAGGGGAGUUGGAAACAUUUUAAAAACUGAAAGAAAGAAUGUCAGAUGUAGUUUUGAUGUGAAAUUACAAUUAACUGCCAUGCAGGCUGCAACAAUAUUAACAGUUUUCAAUGAAAAUAUUAAAUCAACAUUAAAUUUAAAUACAUCUAAACUCAUUUUCUGAUGCAUUGUUGGUUUGUUUGUCAUUAUUGGUGAAGACAGGCAGAAAAUGUAGGUUCAGCCUCACAAAAGCACAGACAAAUAAACCCACUGGAAGGCUAAAUAGAUUAAGAAGCGUACACAUGUUUUGGAUAGUGACUCUUGUGUUAAGUAUAGGGAAACAAACAGAAAGAAAAUAAAGAAUACAAAAUGGACAUAACAAUAACGAGGCAGCAGCAACCUGAGUUAUGAAUGAUCUGUUGAAUGCAGCCAUUCAGAGAAUUAACACAGGCAGUACAGAGUCAGCUAAGGGGUGUACGGAUCUGCAAGAAGCUGGUCAUAUGAUCCCUGGUCAGCCCUCGGCUAUUAGAGAGAGGGUGGCAGGCAGGAAGAGAGGCAGAACAAGAGAAAACAACAAAAGAGGAGAAACACCAGUGGUCCCUCCAUGCUAUGACAGUGUGUAAUGGAGCUAACAUUCGUCAGUUGGUGUGGUCGGAGGCUUUUACAUCCUCCUCUUACAUCAUGGUGAGGUGGAGGCCCAGUAGAUGCAUUCCUCAUAAGCUACCACUCGCAGGAAAGGUUGUCUUGCGCAGCUCAGCAAAUACUGAGACGGUUACCAAACAGGAACACACCAUUUUAGAGUGUCAUCUGCUUCAAGGGAAUCUGAAACCAAAGACAAUUUGACUGUGUGGUACCAGCUCGACAGGGACCAGGCCAGAGGGAGCCCCUUCAGGACUCAGGGAUCUGCUCGAUUUACUAACCUUGUUACAACAAGACUGUGGGCACAGGAGGGUCCCAAUCACCAUGUACUCCCCUCAGAGUCUCCACCGCUGGGGCAUCACUCAAAGUGAAAGUAUGGAGCGGUUAGCAUACAGCCAAGCCCAGCGAGACCCCAUGUCUAUGGAGCGAGCCAACCUGCUGAACAUGGCCAAGCUGAGUAUUAAAGGGCUGAUUGAGUCGGCUCUGAGCUUCGGGCGAACUCUGGACUCAGACUACCCACCUCUCCAGCAGUUCUUUGUAGUCAUGGAGCACUGCCUCAAACAUGGCCUCAAAGUGAAGAAGUCCUUUCUGGGCUUUAACAAGUCUCUCUGGGGUCCUCUGGAGCUGGUGGAGAAACUGUGUCCUGAAGCAGCAGAGAUCUCAGCCUCUGUACGAGACCUGCCUGGACUUAAGACUCCAUUAGGCAGGGCUAGAGCUUGGUUGCGUCUGGCUCUCAUGCAGAAACGACUUGCCGACUACCUACGACUCCUCAUCACCAGAAAAGAUCUGCUCAGUGAUUUCUAUGAGAAUUCAGCUCUGAUGCUGGAGGAGGAGGGAGCAGUGAUAGUGGGCCUGCUGGUGGGCCUCAACGUCAUCGAUGCUAACCUGUGUGUCAAAGGCGAGGACCUGGACUCUCAGGUUGGGGUGAUCGACUUCUCCAUGUACUUGAAGAAUGACAUAGAUGAUUACAGGAGUGAUGAGAGGAAUAGCCAGAUAGCGUCAAUCUUGGAUCAGAAGAACUAUGUAGAGGAACUGAACCGACAACUCAACUCCACAGUUCAUGGUCUUCAGGGCCGAGUGGAGUCGUUAGAGAAGUCCAACUCUAAACUCAUAGAGGAGUUAGCCAUAGCCAAGAACAACAUCAUCAAACUGCAGGAAGAAAACCAGCAGCUGAGGGGUGAAAACAGCCUUAUUCUCCAGAAGACACAAGAACAUUUUGAGGUAACCCAAGGCGAUGCCUCAGUGGAGAGGGAUGCAUACAAACAGUCGCGUCAAGGUUUGGAUGAGAUGUACAACGAGGCUCAAAGGCAACUGAAGGAUGAGUGUCAGCUCAGACAGGAUGUGGAGAAUGAGCUGGUAUGCCAGAUGUCGAUGAAACAGGAAAUGGACUUGGCCAUGAAACUUCUGGAGAAAGAUAUUCAUGAAAAGCAGGACACACUGAUCGGACUGAGACAUCAGCUGGAUGAAGUCAAAGUCAUCAAUGUAGAGAUGUACCAGAAGAUGCAGUCGUCUGAUGAUGAGAUGAAGAAGAAGAACGACGUGAUCACUCGCCUGGAAGAGAAGACCAAUCAGAUCACUGCCACCAUGAAGCAGCUUGAGCAAAGAUUACAGGAGGCAGAGAGGCACCGCACCUCGGCCGAGGAGGGGACCAGACGCUUCAAAUUGGACUUUGCCAACAAGGCCGACAGCCUGCAGCGGCAGAUCGAACACAGAGAAAAGCAACUCCAGCAGCUAGAGACGGACCUGAAGAUCGAAAGGGAGUGGAGGCAGACGUUACAAAAUGAUCUAGACAGAGAGAGGGACACGGUGGCUCAGCUCAGCACAGAGGCGCUGCAGAUCAACGGGCUAAAAAAGGAGUUCCAUCGUCUCCACGAUGAAAACAUUCAACUGAAGAUGAUCUGCGAGGACCAAGAACAAGCUCUUGAGGAACUGGGUUCCAAACUGAGCGAAUCUAAACUGAAGAUUGAAGACAUCAAAGAAGCCAAUAAAGCUCUUCAGGGAGGUCAGGUGUGGUUGAAGGACAAGGAGGCCAGCCACUGCAAGCUGUGUGAGAAGGAGUUCUCCAUCUCCAGACGAAAGCACCACUGUAGGAACUGUGGGGAGAUUUUUUGUAACAGCUGCUCUGAUAAUGAGCUCCCUCUGCCGGCCUCCCCGAAACCAGUCAGAGUCUGUGACACCUGCCACGCCCUCCUCCUCCAGCGAUGCUCCUCCAAUCCAACGUGAAGGAGCCGUGACUGCUUCACAUCAUCUGAGAUCAAACCCAUCAAUUCCCACCUUCUGCCCCUCUGUAGCAUCCAUCUCCCAACUUCUCUCAACAGAAAUGCUGCUUGAAAUGGACCGUGUGCAUGAACAUUUAGUGCGUUAGAUUUGUCUUCAUUUCCAGCUUGAAAAGGUCCCUCAUAGACUACAUCAUGCUGACCCGUCUGUGUUUGGUAUCACUACUUUCCUAACAUGCUCAGCAGUAUUCAUGAAAACAUUGUCUCUUGUAAUCCGAAACAGAGGAGGAGGCCAUUUUAUAUGCUAGAUAAACAUCAGUUUUACAAACUAACCAUUUACAGUAAAUUCCAUCAGUCAAGGUCACUGAUAUCUGAUCAGUGACCUUGACUGAUUUAGAUAUCUGACAGAGCUCUGCGUGAUAACUACUUUAUCACGAGCUGAUGAGCACUGCUGCAGCUACAUGCAAAUUCUUAACCAAACCUCACCAUAAUGUAUGUAUCAGGGAUCAAACUGUAUACAGUAAAUGAAUAGCCAAACAGACGAGAUUAUAUAUUUUCUACACACAGAAUCCUGGCCUUGUUACCGAGUCUUGACUGCAAAGCACCUCUUUUAAUGUGGAGGGAAAUUAUGCAUAAACCAUAAAGGCAACAUGUUCACAGGCACACAUGAUCAAGUCAACCUGAAAGGUUAAAUUCAACUUUACUAGAUACUUAAAGUUACUACAUGGAACUUUAAUUGUGUGACUAUUUUAGCGACCCCUGUGUUUCCGAGCACCAGAUUCCUUUGAAGAAAACCUAAUUUUACUGCAACAGGUGUCUGACAGUCUGCUGCGCUCAGUGCUGGCUUUGGGUCUCUCGUGCCCCCCUUCCCUCCAGCAGACCCAGCGAUACGGCCCAGGUCUCCAGCAACAGGGUGUCGGUGUUUGUUUCCAGCAGGGGCUGGUGGCGGUGAAGCAAAGCAAAGCUUCUGGCAAUAGGAGACGCUGCUGCCGGGCUCUUAGCUCUCCAGCCCGCGACUGCAAGUCAAAGGCUGCAGGUCAAACCGGGUCUGGUUCUGUCCGCGGUGGGCUAGUUGCUGCUGCUGGAGUCUCAGCUAAAGGAACUUCUGGGGCAGCUGAAUUAUUUCAUCACAUUUUGCGCUGAAUCCAACCCGGUGGCACCGCUGACAAUCACUAAGAAUAUAUAUAUAUAUAUAUAUAUAUAUAUAUAAAAUCUUCUCGCUGAUGUUCUUGUUUACUUAUGAAGGUCAUAUCAGUUUUAAUUUCCAAGCUGAUUCUGUUCCACUGACGCAACGACCAGACUAGUUCCCCAUGGGGCUGAGGAACUGAACAUCGUUCUUUUUAUUUUAUUUUAUAAUGUUGGUACCAUUUGUGCCUAUGUAAAUGGAUUCCUGUUGAGAAAAUCUAAAAUACUUCAAAGCAAUCUAGAUAAAAGGCACAUUUCACUGUUAGUUAUCAAACACUAAUGCAGUGGAAGCUGCUUUAAGGACCAAGAAGAGCAACAGAUGCCAUCAUCUCUUGUAAUCGGACUGCGUAAAUGUCUAUUUAGUAGAUGAACCACUGAUGGCGAGCUCACAACAUGACCACUUCACUGACUAGUUAGUGGGUAAGAACAGACUCAAGUGGUACACCUCUGACACAAUAGUCAGUAGUUUGUGCACAAGGCAAUCCUAUAUUACCUCUAAUAUAGAUUAAUUUGAAAGUAUUUAUUUGAUUUUGUAUUUUAUGCACAUUGAUUUUUACUUUCAGAAGUCCGGGGAACUUGUUUGAGCUUUCCCUGUUCACUGAAGCAGAUGGAGAAGAACCACAUUGUACUGCUGCUCCAUUUCUGAGAUGGAAAGUUUGAAACUCUAAACCAAUUUAGUUCCUUUAUGUUUAAUGUGUUGUUAAACUAAUGCUGAUGACUGUAGAGUCUUGACGGGUCAGUGACGGGUUAUGAUACGAGGUCCACUGCACAUUCUGGUUUUGUAUUUGUACAAUGUUUACCACCUAUGACUUUUUAAGUACUGGAAGUAUUCAUUCCCAUGGAGAGAUAAAACAGGCCUGGGUUCAUUUCAAGUUUUUAUUGUUUCAAAUAUUUAAAAAUUCACCAAUGUAUCAUAUCAUUAUUAUAUACUGUAGACAAAUGUUCCUGAAUUGCACCCAGGCCUGAAACCUUUUUGUACAGUGUCGUUCUUAUAAAUCUCCCAGCUUUCAAUGGGACUUAUACAGUGUUGACACCACUGUACGCUGUAUAUAAACAAUUGUUGAUAAUCACGGUGACCCUUUAAUUUUACUUUGUCCCGCCAGUUCAAUAUUAACUAAAUUGCCAACAAUGUUUUCUUGAAUGUGCAGACAUUUCUGAUUAAAUCACAUGACAAACAGAA